ACUUCUGCCGGAUAGUGUGUCUGCUGACUGAUUUUUCUUUUUUUUCGACGUAUGGAUGCGAGCUGAGAAGUCGCUGAUGCUUGUUCAUAUUCGUGUUCGACUAUCAAGUAACGAACUUCGUGGGCAUCGAACUGACGCUCAAUUGUUAACAAACACCGUGUAUUUCUGCGGCUCAUAAGGGUGUCACACAAACGCGCGAAGGCAUAAGUGGAAUGCAUCGACCUCCCACUUUUCCGUAGCUGAAUGAUUAUCGCUUCUUCCAGUUCAGGUUUAAGCGGUACGGGAGCGAGUUGAGGGAGGCGGCAGACAGGAGUGGGGCCUCAGAUGUUCCAGUUAUUCCUACUCCAGUAGUUGAUUGCGCUCCACGAUGCGUGCGCGUUUCAGAAACAGCAAGCGGCCCAGCCAGCAGCUCGUCGUACUACUUCUGCUAUGUUCCAUUUUCACUGGCUUUUUCCUCAAUUAUGAAGGCUUCGCUCUACCAGAUUCGCCCACACUCAUGGCGCCAUGUGUUGACUCAUCACAGGUGAAGAAUUCAUCGCAUGAUCCACCCGUGGACGGUGAGGUCGCGCCUUCUUACAUUAUGGUAACAACCACAACUUCUGGACUUCUGACGAGAACAGAUCUGGGCCAGAUGCCUAAAGAUGGAACUAUCGAAGGUUUGCAUGCUCGAAGGCCAGUUCUCACGGUCCCGGACAUGGCCGCUGUUAUAGACCCAGCUGAGAUGGCAAAAUGGGAUUCCUGUUUGGCAUUGCUCAGCUUCCCAAUCAUAGAAUAUGUCAAGGUAUCGGAUCACUCUCGUCUUUUGUUGAAUAACGACGGCCUUUGCCUCAGAGAAUUCGAAAGCGCGUCGGUUCUUGUGGACAAAAUUCACGAUUUUGCUGGGCGACACCUCCUUACUCUGGAGUAUCACCGCGCAGGGUCUUUGGCCGGGAACGCUGAGACCACUACUACACUUACUGCUGAAUCCGUUACCGAUAGUUCCAUGGAUCCUUCGGGAUGGCAAAGGAAAAGUCAGGCUCGUUUGGUAUGCAUAAAGGAACACCAAUUCCCAAUCCUGUGGCCAGAGAGGGCCGCCGUCAGGUACCCGGUGGACACUCAAACAAUUCAAGAAUGGCAUGACGACUCGACUUGCUGCCCCGUGAACAGAUAG